UUCGCCGCCGGCGAGGGGGAGGCGGUGGCGGGAUCGCCGCCGGCGAGGUGGGCAGGGGAAGGAGGAAGACCCGACGGGGUGGCCAUCGGAAGGAAGAAGGUGGGUGCGGGAUGAAAAGCUGACGUGGCUGGAAUAGGGACUCCCCAAGGGGUCCCUAAGAAUGAGGACGGAGGGGGUAAUCUAGGGAGCUCCCUAGUUCAGUGACCCUAGCAGGAACCCUGCUGAAAAACUUUUUUUUUCUUCACCCCGUAAAAAGUAAGUAGGGACACGGUUUGGGUCCCUGCUGUGAAGAUGGUCUGAGACUUCCAAGUAAGGAUCGGAAACCUGCUUAUGGAAGUCCCUUUUUUUUUCCAAGUAAAUGUCGUUGGCGUGCUAAUUUUUUUGGUAAGGGCCAGGUUUGGCCAGAAACCAAACAGCCCCGUAGCCCCCACCGGCCCACCCCUUCCGACUGGAUUCCAGUAGCGCAAGCGCCGCCGCCGCCGGCUAUCUCCCCUUCAAUUCUCUCGCUGCCGACCGUUUCUCCUCCCAAUCACCCCACGAACCGAUUCUGCACUUUAGCUUCCCGUUUAAUCUCCCCCAAUUCGUAACUGAGGCCAAAAUCCUACUUCGCCCUACUGGUUCCUCCGCCCGUGAUGGGGAUCCUGGCGCUGAAGCGCUCAUUACAAGCCACCGGCGGGAAAAGCGCCGCCGUCGCAGACUCCAAGCCCGUGAUGGAUGUAUUACUUUUAUGUCCAAAAGAGACGACUCGCUCCUCUGCCAAGAGGAUGAUAACUCUUUUCUCUGGGGUAAACGAUUGAGAGAUUCAGGGCUAAACCUCCCAGAGGACAUCUGGUGCCACAUACAUUCCCUGAUACCAAUGGAAGAUUCUGCCCGUUCUGCUUGUGUAUCUCAAGCAUUUCUACAUUCAUGGAGACGCCAUCCCAACCUCAUCUUCACUCCGGAAACGCUGGGCUUUAAACGAGAUGCAUGUAGAAAGGAUGACAUAACAAGGGCUUUCACUAGCAAAGUUGACAGGAUUCUGAAAAACCACUCAGGCACUGGCGUGAAGAUACUCGAGCUUGACAUCUUUGAUUGUCGUGAUCUCGAUAUUUGUUAUCUCAAUAAUUGGCUUCAGAUUGCUAUUACACCAGGGAUUGAAAAGCUCACACUUUCUCUGCCUUCAAAAUGCACAGAAGGGUACGCCUUCCCAUGCUCACUUGUAUUUGGUCAGAGUGGAAGCUCACUUCGGUAUCUUAAGCUCAGUAACUGUGCCUUCCGUCCCACGGUUGGCCUAGAUUGCUUGAGAAGCUUAACAAAGCUGUACCUGCAUACAGUGCCUAUCACAGGGGAAGAGUUAGGGUACCUUCUUUCUUGCUCUUUUGCUUUGCAACACUUGGAACUCAGACGUUGCAGGGAAAUAAUCUGCCUGAAGAUACCAUGCGUACUUGAGCAGCUCAGCUGCCUGACUGUAUCUUCAUGCAGUUUGCUGCAAAUGAUUGAGAGCAAAGCUCCGAACCUCUGCACCGUCAACUUUGAUGGUGUCCUAGUACAGCUCUCGCUUGGACAAUCAUUUCGAGUGAAGAAUCUAGAUAUGGAAUAUUCAAAUGAGUCAAACUUUCUCUGCUACACUAUUACCAAACUUCCAUAUGUUGUGCCAAAUGUUGAAAAGCUUUCCUUGUCUUCAAUUAGUGAGAGGGUUCAUACACCGAUGGCAGCUGCCAAAUUCCUCCACCUCAAGUACUUAGAAAUUUAUCUUGAAGGGGAUCUUUCCCCAGGAUAUGAUUAUUUGUCUUUGGUUUCUUUUCUUGAUGCUUCUCCUCGUUUGGAGACUUUUAUCUUCGGUGUACAGCAGGACGACAUGAUGUUUGAUUCUAUUUUGGGGGGUGGCUUACAUAUGAGGCAGAUGCCUGAACACAAACACGCCAGCCUCAAGGAUGUUAAGAUCCUUGGUUUCUGCUCUGCAAAGAGCAUGGUUGAGCUAACGUGCCAUAUUCUAAAGAAUGCAACAUCACUGGAAUGUAUAACCUUGGACACCAUAUUUGACUCCGAAGAUACAUACAAUAUCGGUAGAUGUUCCGAAACUGCUGCCCGAAAAACUGGUGAAUGCUUCCCACAAACAAGUCAGACAAUGUUGGAAGCUUAUAAAGGUCUCAUGGCCAUCAAAACAUACAUCCUAGGGAAAGUUCCCUCUGCUGUCAAGUUAGAUGUUCGGGGGCCUUGUAGCCGCUGCCAUACGUUAGAGCUGAUCUCCCGAUAAAUGUUUAAUUAUGAAAUAUUCCUUCUCGUUACAUAAUAAGGCAUGUUCGUUUUGUUUGUAAGUAAAACUUGUUUAAAUGUACCAAAUUUAUAGAAAAAAUGUCAAGAUAUACAAUUUUUUAAACAAA